AUGGCUAAAUUGUCUAGUGUCUGUAAGAGUUGUGUAGGACGACCGGAGUUGGAUAUGGAUGUCAUAGGUUUGACAGUAUUCCCACUGUCGUUGACCGAUGAUGCUGAUGUAUGGUUUUAUAAGCUGCCAUAUAGUUCGAUCUAUACGUGGGACCAAUUACAUAAGGUGUUCAUAGCAAGAGAUGGCUCAAAUGAGGACAGAAUUAGGCUUAGUACUACAUGUGAGUGGGGUGCAGAAAAAACAAAUGCCGUAAAUUAUCUAACUAGAACUCCACCACCGCCCGUUAAGGAGUAUUACUAUGAGAAGGAUGCGAAUUUGGCUAAUGAUCACACGGGGGGUUUCCAAACUAACUCCCAAGGUUCCAACUUGGAUAAUUGGCGCGAAAGUCAAGGAAACCAAGGUUGGAACUAUGGAAACUACAAUUGUGAGGGAAACUAUGUCCGGGGUGGGAACUACAAUCGUGAUAAGAAUUACAACCGAAAAAACUAUGGCAACAAAUAUUAUAAGGUUGGGCCCUACGUUCCCCCUAGCAAUAGAGAGGAUAGUAAUAGUAUGGCUUGCAUUGAGGAUAUGAUGCAAAAGAUGAUGAAGAGAUUUGAGGUGACAUAUGAAAAUGUGAAAGAGAUGCAUAAUGAUUUAUCUAGGAUUGGUCAGAAGCCUGGCACACUUCCUAGCAACAACAUAAAAAAUCUGAAAAAUGAUGGGCAUUGUAUGACAGUCACUACUCACGAAGGAAAGCAGACCAUUGAUCCCCAUAUGACGUCUGAGGUUGAAAGAGUGAUAGAAAAAUAUGUGGAUGAUAUUGAGGUUACUAAAGAUAUGAAAGUUGAUAUAGAGAAGGAAGCUAAAGUGACCCAAAAAUUUGUUCCCAUGCCUAGACCUCCACCUCCGAUUCGACAAAGGUUGGUGAAAAUGACUGAAGAAGGAAAAUAUCGCAGGUUUAUCACUAUGUUGAAACAACUGUCCAUAAAUGUUCUGUUGAUUGAAGCUUUGGAACAAAUGCAUGGGUAUGCGAAAUUCAUGAAAGGCUUGGUGACAAAAAAGAGGGCUAUCAAUUUUAAGAAUGAUGAAAGGGUGCAACAUUGCAGUGUUAUUGCUACUAGGUCACUUGAGCGAAAGAAAAGGGAUCCUGGAGCUUUCACUAUUUCUUGUACCAUUUGGAUUUUACUCUUUGUGAAAGCUUUGUGUGAUUUUGGAGCCAACAUUAAUUUGAUACCGCUGUCCAUUUAUAAAAGGUUGAGUUUAGGAGCUCUAAAGACGACUGCGAUGCGUUUACUUAUGGCUGAUAGAACUGUGUAUAGGGCCAUUGGAGUGCUCCAAAAUGUCCUUGUAAAAGUAGAGUCAUUCAUCUUUCCGGCGGAGUUUGUGAUACUUAAUUGUGAGGUUGAUUUUGAGGUUCCCAUCAUCUUAGGGAGACCAUUUUUUGCUACUAGGUCUAUGAAGCAUGAAAGUGAUCUUAAAUCGAUGUUUGAGGUGAAUCAUAUUGCGGGGCAAGAAUCUGAGGUGUCCAUUGAGGAAAGGUUAGGUGUUGAUGUGCUAGCAACGGUGAUGAUAAAUUUUGACAGUGACGGUAUUGAUGAGUAUGAUGAGCUUGAUGUUGUACUUGAUAGGUUCGAGUUUCGUUUCAAGCCAAAACGAUUGGAAUUAGGCAUAAAGAAUCGUGACACCCACCUACAAAAUUGUCUGUUGAUGAGCCUCCAAAACUGGAACUUAAGGUCCUUCCGUCCCACUUGCGGGCAAAUAGUGGAUGUGAUAUUGGUGUUAAAGUGGUACAAGAGAGCUAUUGGAUGGACUAUUGCGGACAUUAUUGGGAUUCCGCCGGAUAUUUGUUCUCACAAAAUCCAACUCAUGCCGGAUAGUAAGUGUGUGCCAAAGAAAGGAGGAAUCACUCUGGUUCCUAAUGCUAAAGAGAAGCUUGUUCCAAUGAGGUCAGUGACUGGUUUUUACCGGAGGUUCAUAAAAGAUUUCUCAAAAAUUACACACCCAUUGUGCAAGCUACUCGAAAAGGAGUGUAAGUUUUAUUUUGAUGAUGCUUGUCUGAGAGAAUUUGGAGAGUUGAAAGAAAAGUUAACUUCAACACCUAUCAUUAUUUCACAGGAUUGGAGACUACCGUUUGAAGUGAUAUGUGAUGCGAGUGGGGUGGCGCUUGGGGUAGUAUUAGGACAAAGGCGAGAGAAGAUUCUUCAUUCGAUUUACUAUGCCAGCAAAGCUCUGAAUCUGGCUCAAAAGAAUUAUUCUGUGACUGAACAAGAACUCAUUUCUGUGAUGGCUAAAAAGGAUGCAAAACCAAGGUUGAUUAGAUGGGUACCUUUGUUGCAAGAGUUCGAUUUUAAGGUUAAGGAUAGAAAGGGAAUAGAAAAUCAGAAAGUAUUGGCUGCUUCUUAUGAUCUUUUCCCUUGGUUCACAGAUUUUGCUAACUACUUGGCAAGUGAUUUGGUUCUGUCAGAUUUGUCAUUCCACCAAAGAAACAAAUUCAUGUUUGACGUGGAGAAAUUCUUUUGGGAUGAGCCUUACUUGUUUCGUGUUUGUGCUGAUGAGAUUAUUCGUCGUUGUGUGCCUGAGUGUAGGUAUUACUGGCCUACCAUCCACCAAGAUGCUCAUGAUUUCACCAAGUCUUGUGACCAUUGCCAACGUGAAGGAGGAAUUUUGAAAAGGCAAGAACUACCUAUGAACCCAAUAUUGGUGAUUGAGCUUUUUGAUGUAUGGGGUCUUGAUUUCAUGGGUCCAUUUGUUAGUUCGAAUGGGAUGAAAUACAUUCUUGUUGCAGUUGACUAUGUAUCGAAAUGGGUGGAUGAAGUCGCACUUUCAAACAAUGAGGGAAAUAGUAUCAUCGCAUUCCUAAAAAAUUAUAUUUUCUGUAGAUUUGGUACACCAAAGGCAAUUAUAAGCGAUAGAGGUUCUAACUUUUGUAAUAAAUUGUUUAAGGCAUUGCUUGAGAAAUAUGGUGUUCGCCACAUCGUAGCAACCCUGUAUCAUCCACAGUCAAGUGGGCAAGUUGAAGUGUCGAAUAGCGAGAUAAAGCAAAUUGUUGCAAACACUGUAAAUGCCAACAAAACUGACUGGUCAAAAAGGCUUGAUGAUGCUCUAUGGCUUAUUGCACCACAUUCAAAACUCCCAUAG